AUGGAUGCCUCGGACCUAUGGGAUGCAAACGCGACCCGAUAUCUCGAAGGCGAAGUCCGUUUGAUAUGGUUUGCCCCAACAUCUUUCGUCAAAUACACCUUCCUGUUCAACCGAUACCUCGUUCUGGCGACACUCAUUACGGUUGCUGUCGAGAUGUGUGGUUUUCUUGGCAAAAUCUUCACUGACGAUAUGCUCUUCGAGAUAUUCGUGCUGGGUUCAAUUGCGCUGAAUGCAUUGGACAGGCCAACUGCAGCAAACACGCCAUUAGUAAAGGCUUUAAACAGCGAUGGCUUGGGAUACUUCGUGGCUGUGACCUGUCUUCGGAUUUUGAACAUCGCUCUUGCUUCUGUGGGUCGCCCGACAUUCACAAUCCUUGGCGUCUUUCGGUCCCUACUACGCCUGCGUGCCGUGGAGAUACAAGCACCAGCAGACGCGCCGUCGGCGGUGCGUUCUGCGUCUCCCUUCAUGCUAGGCACCUCCCGCCAGCCGAACAUGGGUAUAAGAGAGAGCAUGUAUGACAUGGAGGGCGCUGUAGAAGAGCUCGUUCUUGUCAAAAUCGGGUCCAAUGAUGACUUCGACAACGACACGGGAGCCUGA